CAUUUGAUAAACUUUCAGUUGGCUUUCUGCAGCGCUACGUGCUGCAUGUGGUGCGAUCGGUUCGGACAAUUUUGGAAAACCCAUCAAAACAUUUGAACAAAAGGUCCCCAACCAAAUUACUGGAGAGCAAAAGAACAUUUUCGAACCAACGAAGACUACUCGUAGAAGGAACGGCCAAGUUAAGCACGUAAGUCAACAUGUAUCUACCCUACUCGCAAUUGCCGGAUCCGACGGAAAAGUUCGAGAUCUAUGAGGAGAUAGCGCAGGGUGUGAACGCCAAGGUGUUUCGGGCCAAGGAGUUGGAGAAUGAUCGCAUAGUGGCGCUGAAGAUACAGCACUACGAUGAGGAGCAUCAGGUGUCCAUUGAAGAGGAGUAUCGCACGCUGCGCGACUACUGUGCGCAUCCGAAUCUACCGGAAUUCUAUGGCGUCUACAAGCUGAGCAAGCCUAAUGGGCCCGAUGAGAUCUGGUUCGUCAUGGAGUAUUGCGCUGGCGGCACAGCCGUGGAUAUGGUCAAUAAGUUGUUGAAAUUGGAUCGCAGGAUGCGUGAGGAGCACAUCGCCUAUAUAAUACGCGAGACUUGCCGUGCAGCCAUCGAGCUGAACCGCAAUCAUGUCCUGCAUCGUGACAUACGCGGCGACAACAUUCUGCUUACGAAGAACGGACGUGUGAAGCUCUGCGACUUCGGUCUGUCCAGGCAAGUGGACUCGACGCUGGGCAAGCGUGGCACUUGCAUUGGCUCGCCCUGCUGGAUGGCUCCCGAGGUGGUCACGGCCAUGGAGGCACGCGAGCCGGACAUAACCGUGCGUGCCGACGUUUGGGCCUUGGGCAUCACAACCAUUGAGUUGGCCGAUGGCAAGCCACCAUUUGCCGACAUGCAUCCCACUCGCGCCAUGUUCCAAAUCGUGCGCAAUCCCCCACCCACUCUAACGCGUCCCACGAACUGGUCCCAGCAGAUAAACGACUUCAUUGCGGAGUGUCUGGAGAAGAAUGCCGAAAAUCGUCCAAUGAUGGUGGAAAUGGUCGAGCAUCCAUUCCUUACCGAACUCAUUGAGAACGAGGAUGAGAUGAAAUCAGACCUAUCCGAAAUGCUCGAGCUAUCUCGCGAUGUUAAAUCCCUGUACAAGGAGCCAGAGGUGUUUGUGGAUCGUGGCUAUAUUAAGCGCUUCGAGGAGAAACCGGAACGCAUGUACCCAGAGGACUUGGCUGCUCUGGAGAAUCCUGUGGACGAGACCAUUUUGGACUCGUUAAGGAAUCGCAUGGCCUUGGGCGGUUCGUAUAGUUUCAUUGGAGAUAUUUUGCUCUCACUCAACUCGAAUGACCUCAGCGAGGAGUAUACCGAAGAAUUCCAUGCCAAGUAUAAGUUUAAGUCGCGUUCGGAGAAUCAGCCACAUAUAUUCACGGUGGCUGACAUCGCCUACCAGGACAUGCUGCAUCAUCACGCGCCCCAGCACAUUGUCUUCUCGGGCGAAAGCUACUCGGGCAAGUCGACUAACGUCCGCCUGAUGAUCAAGCAUCUGUGCUACUUGGGUGCGGGCAAUCGUGGAGCCACCAGUCGUGUUGAGAGCUCCAUUAGGGCUAUACUUAUGAUGGUGAACGCGGGCACCCCCGUGAAUAACGACUCCACGCGCUGUGUAUUGCAGUACUAUCUGACGUUUGGCAAAACGGGCAAGAUGAGUGGCGCUGUUUUCAAUAUGUACAUGCUCGAGAAACUGCGUGUGGCCACCACGGAUGGCAGCCAGCACAAUUUCCACAUAUUCUACUAUUUCUACGACUACAUGAAUCACGAGAAUUUGCUUAAGGAAUAUAAUCUGAAGUCGGAUCGUAGCUAUCGCUAUCUACGCAUCCCGCCAGAUGUACCGCCCACAAAGCUCAAGUACCGUCGCGACGAUCCCGAUGGCAACGUGGAACGUUUCCGAGAAUUCGAGGGUAUUUUGCGCGAUCUGGACUUCAAUCACAAGCAGUUGGAGACGGUCCGUAAAGUUCUAGCAGCCAUCUUAAACAUUGGCAACAUACGCUUCCGGUCAUUGGGAAAAUAUGCUGAAGUGGAGAAUACGGAUAUUGUUUCGCGCAUUGCGGAGCUCUUGCGGGUCGAUGAGAAAAAGUUUAUGUGGUCCUUGACCAACUUUAUUAUGGUUAAGGGGGGCAUUGCAGAGCGUCGCCAGUACACAUCGGAAGAAGCACGUGAUGCACGCGAUGCCGUAGCUUCCACUCUCUUCUCACGCCUAGUUGACUUCAUCAUCAAUAGGAUCAAUAUGAACAUGUCCUUCCCACGCGCCGUUUUUGGGGAUACUAAUACCAUUGUCAUCCAUGACAUGUAUGGGUUCGAAUGCUUCCAUCACAAUGGUCUGGAGCAGUUGAUGAUCAACACCCUGAACGAGCAAAUGCAAUAUCAUUAUAAUCAGCGCAUUUUCAUAAGCGAAAUGUUGGAAAUGGAGGCCGAGGACAUUGAUAGCAUCAAUUUGAAUUUCUAUGAUAACAAGACAGCUCUGGACAAUCUAUUGACUAAGCCAGAUGGGCUAUUUUACAUAAUUGACGAUGCUUCGCGUUCGUGCCAGGAUCAGGACUUGAUCAUGGAUCGCGUUGCUGAAAAGCACAGCCAGUUCGUGAAAAAGCACACUGCCACCGAGUUAUCCGUGGCUCACUACACGGGUCGGAUCAUUUACGACACACGCGCCUUCACAGACAUCAAUCGUGACUUCGUGCCACCGGAAAUGAUCGAGACCUUCCGUUCCUCUCUGGACGAGAGCAUUAUGUUAAUGUUUACCAACCAGUUGACAAAGGCUGGCAAUCUCACCAUGCCAUUUGAAGCUGUGCAGCAUAAGGAUGAAACUGAACGCAAGUCAUAUGCACUUAAUACACUAAGCGCCGGUUGCAUUUCACAAGUAAACAAUCUACGUACCCUGGCUGCCAAUUUCCGCUUCACCUGCUUGACGCUCCUCAAAACGCUCAGCCAGAACAUCCAGGAUAACAAUCUGGGCGUCCACUUCGUUCGCUGUAUACGGGCCGAUCUGGAGUACAAGCCACGCGCCUUCCACGCCGAUGUGGUGCAGCAGCAAAUGAAAGCCCUCGGCGUCCUGGAUACGGUGAUUGCACGACAGCGCGGCUAUUCUACGCGUCUGCCCUUCGAAGAGUUUCUGAAGCGCUACCAAUUCCUAGCCUUCGACUUUGACGAAACCGUGGAAAUGACGAAGGACAAUUGUCGUUUGCUCUUCUUACGCCUCAAAAUGGAGGGUUGGGCUUUGGGCAAGACCAAAGUAUUUCUACGUUACUAUAACGAUGAGUUCUUAGCAAGAUUGUACGAGCUGCAGGUGAAAAAAGUCAUAAAAGUGCAGUCCAUGAUGCGUGCUUUGCUCGCACGCAAGCGGGUUAAGGGCGGCAAAGUCUUCAAGCUGGGCAAAAAGGCCGGACAUGAUGAGGCUGCGGCGAAAAUCCAAAAAGCUUUCCGUGGCUUUCGCGAUAAGGUGCGCAUGCCGCCCCUAGUCAACGAAAAGACCGGACAGCUGAACGAGAACACGAGGGACUUUAUACGACCAUUCGCGAAGAAGUGGCGCGCAAAGUCGUUGUUUCAAGUGCUGCUGCACUACCGAGCGGCCCGCUUCCAAGACUUUGUCAACUUGUCGCAACAGGUCCACAUCUACAACCAACGCAUGGUGGCCGGCCUGAACAAAUGCACACGCGCGGUGCCAUUUGAACGCAUCAACAUGCGGGAAGUGAACUCAUCCCAGCUCGGACCACUUCCUGUGCCGAUGAAGAAGAUGCCAUUCCGCUUGGACCAGAUUCCAUUCUAUGAUACGCAAUAUAUGGUAGAUCCAGCCAAUUCCAUAUCGCGACAAACAUUUCCCAAUCACUUGCUCUUGUCACAAACCGAGGACGAUGAACCCUGGGACAGUCCAUUGCAACGCAACCCAUCCAUGACAUCGUGCUUGAUGACAUACAAUGCCUAUAAAAAGGAGCAGGCCUGCCAGACUAACUGGGACCGCAUGGGGGAGAGCGACAACAUCUAUAACCAGGGCUUCUUCCGUGAUCCGCAGCAGCUGAAAAGAAAUCAGAUGCAAAUGAACAUGAACGCCUACAAUAACGCCUACAACAGCUACAACAAUUACACCAGCAGCCCUUGGUCGCAUCGUCCCGGUUCGCGUCGCAAUUCACUCAAGGGGUAUGCCGCACCGCCGCCUCCACCACCCAUGCCGUCUUCCAACGCCUAUCGCAAUAAUCCCAGUCAGCAGCGCAACUAUCAGCAGCCAAAUUAUCAACAGCGCUCCUCUUAUCCGCCUUCGGAUCCGGUGCGUGAGCUGCAGAACAUGGCGCGACGCAAUGAGGACGAUAGCUCUGAGGACCCACCGUUUAACUUUAAGGCCAUGCUGCGCAAGACGAACUAUCAACGUGGCGCCGAGAGCAGCACUUAUGACUUCCACAACCGCAAUGAUUCGGACACCGAACAGCACACAUUUCAGGCGCCCAAGCUACGUUCCACGGGCCGGCGAUAUGACGAUCAGGGUGGCUCCUCCAACGCUGGCAAUUAUGGCGUAGCUCGCAAUUUCGGCCAACGUGCGCCGGCGCUACGACAGGCGCCCGCAUCGGUGGGGCGCAGCUUUGAAGAUAACAAUGCCCGUUCCUUUGAGGAGGCUGGCUCCUAUGUAGAGGAGGAAAUUGCGCCUGGCGUUACGCUUUCCGGUUAUGCCGUAGACAUUUAA